UUCAGCAAAAAUAGCAUGUCAAUCUCUGGAAGUCUCACUGUCGUCAAAUUAAAUCAUUAAUAAGGAGUUUUGAGGAAUCAGCACAAUUAUUUAUUUAUUUGUAUUUUCAAUAAAGAUUUUAGUCUGCAGCUUUGACGUGACAGGACUGUGAUGUCUGCAGUGGUGGCCCAGUGUCACUACAGCUUUGGUCUGCGGACAUGCGUGGCAAAUAACCUGUGCUACUUUGAUGAGCAGACUGUCAUCUUCCCAUCUGGGAACAACUGUGUUCGUUACAACAUCGAUCAGAAAUGGCAGAGGUUCAUCCCAGGUUUGGAGAGGAGUCAGGGGAUGUACGCGCUGGCCAUCAGCUCAAACCGCCGCUACCUGGCGGUGUCGGAGCGUGGCGAGAGGGCCACCAUCACCGUGUACGACCUGCAGCACGAGCAGAGCCGGAAGAGGAAGGUGCUGAGCGGAGGGGACAUCCCUGUCCAUGAGUUUGUCUCCAUGGCGUUCUCCACCGACUCCAAGUACUUCAUCAGCCAGUCAGGGGCGCCGGACUACACCCUCUUCUACUGGAUGUGGGAGAAGCAGAAGAUCAUGGCCAUGGUGAAGACCACUGUGGCCGCUAACCCAGUCACCCAGGUCAGCUUGAACCCAUAUGACAACACCCAGAUCUGUGUGAGUGGGAAUGGGGUCUUCAAGCUGUUCCGCUAUGCAGAGGGGGCUCUGAAGCAGUCCACCUUCCAGAAGCUAGAGACGCAUCAUUUGUUGUCCCAUGCCUGGGUGUCUGAGGAGAGGGUGAUAGCUGGGACAGAGGCAGGCAGGCUGAUGGUGUUUGAGUCUGGAGACCUGUGAUGGGAUAUGAGUGUGUCCCCCAAGACCACCAUCUCCAAACAGAUGUUACUCACACAUUGUGAGAGUGACCAUGUUUUACAGUUUUCACAAUUUUUGACUUUUUGCAGCGCAAAGGGAAAUGAUGAAGAGUCCCUUCCUCAGUUGCCCCGGGUUACAGUCAUUACAGCGUACUCCAAAGGCUUUGCCUGCUCGGCCGGUCCUGGGACGGUGUGUCUGUUUGAGAGAACCGACGAUAAGGACAACUACAGGAAAACCAGGGAGAUAAGGAUCCCCCCAGACCAGUGCAGCCACGAGCCCAGCCAGGCAGAGCAACAGCAGAUUGUCUCUCUGGUCAUCAGUCCGUCAGAGGAGACUAUGGUGACCAGUACAGACCGUGGUCAGCUCUACAUUAUCACCCUGUCCUCUGCUGAGAUGAGCAAGGGGGAGCAGGCUCAGUUUGAGUUUCUGUCCUAUUCCUUCCACUCCGGGUCUAUCACUGGUCUGUCCAUCUGCAUCCGUAAGCCCUUCAUCGCUACCUGUUCCCUGGACCAGUCUGUACGCAUCUGGAACUUCGAGACCAACACCCUGGAACUGUAUAAGGAGUUCCAGGAGGAGGCGUUCAGCAUCGCCCUGCACCCCUCUGGCCUGUUUGUCCUGGUGGGCUUCUCUGACAAGCUGAGGCUCAUGAAUCUCCUCAUAGACGACAUCAGGACCUUCAAGGAGUUCAACAUCCGAGGCUGUAGAGAGUGUGCCUUCAGUCACGGAGGACACCUGUUUGCUGCAGUGAAUGGAAACGUCAUUCACAUCUACUCCAGCACCACCUUCGAGAGCGUCCUCAACCUCAAGGGACACAAUGGGAAGGUGCACUCCAUAGUCUGGAGCGGUGACGACAGCAGGCUGGUGUCGUGUGGGAUGGAUGGGGCUGUGUACGAGUGGAACACCCUGACCAGCAAGCGGGAGUCGGAGAGCAUACUAAAGUCCUGCAGCUACACCGGCGUCACCGUCUCCCCCGACGCCAAGACUAUCUUCGCCGUGGGGACCGACUGUACCCUGAAAGAGAUCCAGGACUGUCAAAUCCUGCGUGAGGUGCCUGCUGAAGACGUGGCCUACACCACCAUCACCAUGUCCCGGUCCGGACGCACGCUCUUCACCGGGACCUCUAUCGGAACCAUCAGGGCCAUCAAGUACCCCCUGUCUAUCCAGAAGGACUGGAUCGAGUAUCAGGCCCACUCUUCAACUGUCACCAAAAUGGUGAUCACGUUUGACGACCAGUACCUGCUGACGGUGUCUGAGGACGGCUGUCUGCUCAUCUGGAAGAUCAUAGACAAGGAGGGCCGUGGCCUGAAGAGAGACAAGGACAUCACCUACGCUGAGGAGAUCCUCAUCACCAAGUCAGACCUGGAGGAGAAGAACCAGGUUAUGCUGGAGCUGAAGACCCGUGUGGAGGAGCUGAAGAUGGAGAAUGAGUACCAGCUCCGUCUGAAGGACAUGAACUACAACGAGGACAUCAAAGAGAUGUCAGCUAAGUUUGUUGAGCAGAUAGAGUCGCUCAAGACUAAGAGACAGAUCCUGAAGACGGAACGAAGCAAGAUGGAGUCAGCCAAUCAGGAGGCCAUGUUCGGGGUGACGGAGAAACACUCCAAAGAGCUGCAGGAUCUGGGGUCAGCCAACAGUCAGAAGCUGAUUCUGGAGUAUGAGAAGUACCAGGAGCUGCAGCUCAAGUCUCAGCAGAUACAGCAGGACUACGAGGAACAGCUGCAGCAGAUGGACGAGAGCAAGGCAUCUGCCCUGGAGGAUCUCACCCUCCACUAUGAGGGGAAGCUGCAUGAGAUGCUGCUGGUGUUGGAGCAGUGUCAGGAGGAGUCUCGUAUCCAGGGGAGGGAGUUUGAGGAGAGCAGGAAGCAGAUGGAGGAGGAUGGAGACAGGGAAAUCCAGGACAUCAGGAUCCGCUAUGAGAGAUGGCUGAAGGACGAGAGGGAGACCAACAUGCGCCUGAAGGGAGACACCGGCAUCAUGAAGAAGAAGUUCAGCAGCCUGCAGAAGAAUAUAGAUGACAGGAGCGUGGAGAAAGAGAAGAUGAAGUCAGAGCAACAGAAGCUACUGGCACAUCAGAAGUGUCUGGAGAAAGACAUCCUGGCCCUGAAGAAAGAGAUCCAGGAGAGGGAUGAGACCAUCCAGGAUAAGGAGAAAUGCAUAUACGACCUGAAAAAGAAGAACCAGGAGCUGGAGAAGUUUAAGUUUGUUCUGGACUACAAGAUCAAAGAACUGAAGAAACAGAUCGAGCCCAGAGAGAACGAAAUCAAGGAGAUGAAGGAGCAGACCCAUGAGAUGGAGCAGGAACUGGAUACCUUCCACAAGAAGAACGCUCAACAGGAACUGGACAUCGCUGAGCUGAAGCUCAAACUCCACACCACCGACAAGGAGAUGCACAAGGGACUGCAGAAGGUGAGGGAUGUGGAGGCCCUGGUACGUAGGUUCAGGACGGACCUCCAUAACUGUGUGGGCUUCAUCCAGGAGCCUGAGAGGCUAAAGGACAGCAUAAGAGACCUCUACGACCGCUAUGUACAGAAGACUGAUGUGGUGGAUAUAGUUGGUGUGGACACAGACAUCCAGAGGGAGUACGCCCGGCACAGGGAGCACCUGGAGAGGAACGUGGCGUCCCUGAAGAGGAAGCUGGCCAAAGACGGCGUGGUCCACCAUGCUGACAACGUCAAGAUCCUGCAGGAGAAUGCAACUCUGAUCAGAGAGAUAAAUGAUCUGAGACAGGAGUUGCGUCUGGUGCGUUCCCAGGUCCACGACUACAAGAGUCUGAUGAGAAAGCAGGGCAAGAAGCAGACCAACACUCUCAAAGCGCUGCUAUCUCCCAGGGCCAACCCCAGUAACAUGGUGGUCCAUCUGAACCAGGAGGAGGAGGGGGACCGUAUCGUUCAGCUGCAGCGCCUGGAGAUCCACAGGCUCAGGGAGGAGAUCCAGGUCCUGAUGAAGAUACACCCUUAUAGACCACCCUCCACCGUCAAGCUACCCUCCCUCCAAAUCAACUCAUAACCAUCACCACCCCCAACCCCUCCCUCCAAACCAAUUUUAAGCGACUUGGAAAUAAAAAGGAAAACAAUUCAUAUUAGAUUUUUAAUAUAGCCUAAAUAUAUAUAUUUCAAAUGAGAUAGUCCCAUUUGGAUUUCCAAAAGUGAAUGGAAGGUGUUAUUGGCAGGGUCAAAUCAAAGCAUUGUGUCAGACUAGAAAUUCAGAUAUUAUUUUUUAAUGACAACCUAUUAAUUAACAAGAACAAUUUACAUUGUUGGGUAUGCAAAACAGUCUACUCCAUAUUUAUGAAAUAUGUUAUAGGCUUGUCAGUAGGCUAGCAGAUCUGUGUUUUGAUUAAUGCAUGUGCGUGCGUUUUUUACGG